AUGAUCAAAAUGCACGUGACAAUUUUCGCUGCGCUUCUUAUAACUGUAAAUGGACUUCCAGUUGGUGAUGGAAACAGUAAGAACAUAGUUUCCGGAGUGUUUAUUCCCGCGGAUACAUUCAAGCAUCUUCAAAAUCAAAAAAACGAACAAGAGCCAUCAAUAGAGCAGAGAAGCGCCGAUCAGUCGAGUGUAACUCGAGCCAAUGCUCAAUUGAAUUCUAACAGCGGUUCUCCAGGACAACAAACGGCACAGCAAAAUGUCAUAGUCAACCAACAACAGACAACGAGUAACAACCCACAAGCCGUUAUGGUCAAUCAACAACCGAACCAACAAGUAGCUCAAUCGGCGUACGUAAAUCAGCCAACUCAACAAACCUACGUGAACCAACCAAAUCAGCAACAGACCUAUAUUACUCAACCUACCCAACAGACGACUUCGUACAUUAGUCAACCGAGUCAGCAACAACAAAGUAUAAUCGCUCAACCGAGUCCGCAACAACAAGUGUACCUUAGCCAACCCGGGCAACAAGCCACAUAUUUGAAUCAACCAAAUUCAAACGGUCAAACAAUAUUGGUGUCGCGGCAACCCCAACAAACAUUCAUAUUGGCUUCUCCUCAAAAUCAACCACAGCAAAUUGUUAUUCAGCGAUCAAAUCCGCAACCCACACUUGCCAGUCAACUCACAAGUCAGCCGACCAUGAUUCUGACGACACAGCCCAAUGGUCAGCAAGUUUUGGUACAACAACAACCUAACCAAGUGCUGGUUUCUCAGCCCAAUCAACAACAGACCGCAAUGGUAUUAGCUCAGCAACCAAGUCAGCAGGCGAUACUAGUGCCCCAGCAAUCUGGUCAACAACAAAUUAUACUCGGUCAACAAGCAACGCAGCAGCCAAUGAUUAUUCAACCCGGACAACAACAAGCGCAAUCAGGACAGCCACAAGCUAUAAUUGUUUCUGGAUCAUCAAAUCAGCCAACUUUUCUAGUACAACAACAACCUCAACCACAGGGUCAACAAACUAUUGUUUUUCGACAACCCGGUCAACAAGUUCAGCCCAAUCAACAGACAAUUCUGGUACAACAACCUGGACAACAAGGACAACAGACAAUUUUUGUCCAACCAUCAACACAAGGCACCACUAACCAAGGCAACGUAUUCACUGUGAUGCCUAAUCAAAGUGGCACAAAUCAGAUUUUAGUUCCUGUACAACAAGGCUAG